AUGGAUUCUAAUACUUCUUAUAAUAUGAUGAUAAAUAUGAGGGAAUAAUUUAGAUAGGAGAUAAGGAAAAAAGAUUAAGAAUCCUUUUUUUAGAGGAAAAGAUUACAAUUCUAGCUAUCUUAGAAAUUGCCUGAGAUAUAAUUUGAUUAAAUAAUUCCUCAAUUAAAAGAGUGUUUGCAAUAAAAGAAUGUAGUUCAAUUAGGAUUGAUACAUUAAGUGAUUUUUAAAUAAAUUAAUGACAAUUAGCAAAACGAGGUUUAUUUUCUAAAUAAUUAAUACUUGGAGCUCUGCAUAUAAUCAAUACAAUUAGGUUAGUUGGUGUGUUAUCAAGUAUUAACAAAUUUAUGUCUAAACACAUAAUUUCCAAACAGUGCAAUUAGUUAGGCAUUGAUUACAUAGGCAAUGAAUUUAAUUAUUCAAGCAAACUUAUAGUUCGAAAAUAAACCAUAAGCUGGAUCAAAUGUAACAAAUCAAGUCUUAGAAAUUGAAUAGAAAAGUUAAUUCAUUGAAAAUCUAGAAAACUCAUACAAGUUUAUAUUCUUUUUUCUUGGAAAUAUCAUAUCGCAAUUUAAAUUGUCAUAUUUGAAUUUGCUUCCUAAUUUAUUACAAUUUGUUUCAGUUGCAGAAGGGUAGUUCUUAACCAGCAUAAUAUUUUUGUUGAAUUCUCUAAUAGAGCAUUAAUAAAUUGAUUCCAAUUAAAAGUUCAUAGGCCUCAAGAUUGCACUAUAGGCUUUAAAAAAAGAGUAAUGUGAAGAUUAUCUGAUGCCAUUAGGUAGGCUAUAUGAUUCUUAAUUUGAUGAGUUAUUAUUAGAAUCUAAUGUUUUUGAAACGAUAAUCGAUCACUAAUGCACAAUGAUGGAUAAAUGCUUAGUUAUAAUAAAGUAAUUCACUUUAUCAGACUCAUUAUUAGUUGCACAUAAAUUAUUGGAUUUAAAAAUUUUAGAUAAAUUACUACAAAAUUUAAGUAACAAAUCACAGAGCAUUAGGAAAGAAAGUUACUUAAUUUUGGCAAAUUUAAGUUACAAUGAUAGCAAUGCUGCAAUAAAGAUCAUUACUCAUCCUGUCCUGUUCAAGAUUAUCGAAAAUAUCAUAGCUUCACCAAAUGAAAAGAGUUAUUGCAUGAGCAUAAUCUUGAAUUUAUAAGCAACUGGAGAUGAAAUUGUUUCAAAGAAGUUGUUAGAUUUAGGAUUUCUCCAAAUAAUUUGUAGUUUGUUAGAUGUUAGUGAAGUUGGAUUGAUAAAAUAGUUUUUAGAUUCAAUAUUAAGAUUUUUGAUUUCUUAAAAUAUCAAGGAACAGCUUAGAUAAUAAAAUUUUAAAUUAAAAUUAGACAAGAUAUUAUAGGAAUUCAAUGACAAAAUGAUUCAAGAGUUACAUGGAAAGAUUCUAUAAUUAUUGUGA